CAUUUAAUGAGCCGAUUCACAUUUUCGAAUUUCCAAGUUUGCUCCUUUCACUCUGCAAUACCCUUCCCUAUAUAUACAGACACCGGCGUUGCACGACGUCGUUCAGCUUCAGGCAUCGCAUGCAUUUGCUCCCUCCUCUACUCUAAAACCCUAACAAUUCGCCGCCGGAGAUAUGGACGCCGUCGUCAUUGACGCUGGCUCUAAGAUGCUCAAAUCCGGUUUUGCUGUUCCCGACCAGCCUCCUUCUAUGGUAAUUCCAACACAAAUGCAACGUGUACCAGCAGAUGAAUCCUUGACCGAUUCUUCCUCCCUCGAAAGUGUGACUAUUGAUCCAGUCGUCCGAGGCUUUAUCAGAGAUUGGGAUGCCAUGGAAGAUUUAUUAAGCCAUGUGUUAUAUACUGGUCUUGGCUGGGAGAUUGGUAAUGAAGGCCAAAUUUUGUUUACAGAUCCACUGGCAACUCCAAAGGCAGUUAGAGAGCAAGUGGUACAAUUGAUGUUUGAAAAGUUCAACAUCUCAGGCUUUUUUGCAUCUGAGCAAGCAGUGCUAUCACUUUAUGCUUUAGGCCGCAUUUCAGGAUGCACAGUUGAUAUUGGACAUGGAAAAAUGGAUAUUGCAUCAGUAAUAGAAGGUGCUGUUCAGCAUAUAUCAUCUAGAAGAUUUGAAAUAGGUGGUUUGGAUUUGACCAACUUAUUUGCUCAAGAACUCUGUAUGUCCAAUCCACAUGUGAACUUAAGCAUCUCUGACGUGGAAAAGUUGAAGGAGCAAUAUUCCUGCUGUGCUGAGGACGAGGCUGCUUACAGAAGGUUCCAGCAGGGAUGCCCUGAGGAGCAACACACUCUGCCUGAUGGACAGGUGAUAAAAAUUGGAAAAGAAAGGUAUACUGUUGGUGAGGCCUUAUUCCAACCAUCAAUUUUAGGUUUAGAGGCUCAUGGAAUAGCUGAGCAGCUUGUUCGUUGCAUCUCAACUGUGUCAACUGAGAAUCACCGCCAGCUGCUGGAAAAUACUGUACUGUGUGGUGGAACUGCCUGUAUGACUGGUUUCGAGGAUAGGUUUCAGAAGGAAGCUGCUGUCUCCUCCUCUGCUAUCCGGCCAUGUCUGGUGAAGGCGCCAGAAUACAUGCCGGAUAAUGUGACACGUCACUCAGCAUGGGUGGGAGGAGCCAUACUAGCCAAAGUGGUGUUCCCUCAGAACCAGCAUCUGACCAAGGCUGAUUAUGACGAGCAUGGACCAUCCGUCAUCCAUCGCAAAUGUUUUUAAGCAACAAGAUCAACUCUGGUCGAGGUAGUUGCUAGGCCUGUGUGUGCAUCAGUAAUUGAGCUAUUAUGGACUUAAGCAAAAACUACACGUCGUUUCGUAUUUUAUGUGCGUAUUCUAGACGCUGAAGGCUUGAGUUGUAGCUUAAGUAAAAUUACAUUUUUUUUCAUAUUUCAUGUGAUACUCUGGAUGCCUAAGGCUUGAGUUGUAGCUUAAUAAGUAGUAAAAACUAAAUGUGGUUUUCAAAUAUGAAAACUAUUUACAUCA